AGUCAGGGAAACGUUCCUCUUUCACUUUUUCUCACCUUUUUCUUUUUUCAUCGUGUUCAUUUUAUACUAAUUCUCGAUCGACGGGCAAAUUCAUCUGUAAUGCAAUUGUGUGGAAAGACUGGCAAACCAGCUACUCGAAAACUAGUGAUUUGUGGUGACGGCGCGACUGGCAAGACGACGUUGCUCAACGUGUUUACUCGUGGAUACUUUCCCCAAGUGUAUGAACCGACAGUGUUUGAAAACUAUGUACAAGAAGUUGUAGUCGAUGGUCAAGAAGUAGAGCUCUCAUUAUGGGACACUGCAGGCCAAGAGGAGUUUGAUCGUUUACGAUCGCUGUCAUAUGCAGAGACGCAUGCAGUGAUCAUGUGCUUUUCUGUUGACAGCCGCGACUCGCUUGAAAACAUCCCCAACCGAUGGAUGAACGAGAUUGUAGAGCAUUGUCCCGAAGCAAAGAUUCUGUUGGUUGCACUCAAGUGUGACUUACGAGACAAUGAAGAAUUGCUUCGUCGAAAGAAUAUCAGCCCAGUGCUGUAUGAAGAGGGACUAGAAGUAGCUCGAAGCAUAAACGCUGUCCGUUACCUGGAGUGCUCGGCAAAACACAAUCGUGGUAUUCGAGAGUGCUUUGAGCAAGCAGCACGUGUAUCUCUAAACGUCAAAUUCAAGACAUCGGCUGAUGCAAAGCGGAAUACGUGCCUCAUCUUAUGAAAAGAACUCUCAUCCAUCGUACCUCUUCUUGUCUCCCUCUUUGUUUCCCCAACUAUUUCCCAAAGCGAUAUACCCUUCGUUGAAUGUGCAUCCCUCCUUUUACUCACCCAGUCCUACUUAUAUUCCCUACUCGCGACCCCACUAUCACCAACACUCUGCCUCGAUAUGAUGACCCUCACCCCUUUUCAUAGAGUGGAAGAUCAUCAUAUCAAGAGGAACUUUUUGGUUUC